CCAGGAUCUUGUUACGUAAACACGACAAGGGCACGAUUCCUGAGCAGGACUCACUAACAGGUCUUGGUUCGCUCUCGUCUCGGUGCUGGUGACUGGGGAGGAUGGGAGCUUUCCAGUCCGCACGCGGUCCCCCGGAGUACACGGUGCUGGCGGAGAGGACCGGCUUUUCAUGGGAGCAAAUUGGAGUUCUCCACAAGAGAUUCAAGCAGUUGAGCCACAACGAAGAAACACUGCGGAGGGAGCACUUCAGUGCCAUCUCAGACCUAGCAUGUAAUCCCAUCCGCUCUCAGAUCAUCGAAGCCUUCUUCGACAGGAGAAACUUCCGUCAGAGCAGCGCUGGAGCAGUGGAGGAGAUCACGUUCGAGGAGUUCCUCCUGGUCAUGUCUCACUUCCGACCUCCUUCUCUGCACAUGACAGAGGAGCAGCGUGAGAGCGUGAGGAGAGAGAAACUCAGAUUUCUGUUCAACAUGCACGACACAGACAAUGACGGAACAAUAACGCUGGAGGAAUACAGACAUGUGGUGGAGGAGUUGCUGUCACGUAGUGGAGCUUUGGGGAAGGAAACGGCCAAAAGCAUCGCAGAUGCAGCCAUGCUGGAGGUGGCCAGUAUAUCAAUGGGUCACAUGGAACCUGAUGAAUUCUAUGAGGGAAUCACAUUCGAGCAUUUCUUGAAGUUACUGAACGGCUUUGAGAUAGAGUCGAAAAUGAACAUACGUUUCCUGAAUAUGGAUACCACAACACUCUGCAAGUGAAGUGCAGCUUUGCAUUCCUCACCUUGAAUUUCUUUUUUCAUCCAAACACGAAUGUAAUGCAUUUUGCUCCAGCUGAAAUACCUAUGCAAGUGUAGUUUGUUGAUGAAAUAUUUGUCAAACCUUUUGAAGAGAAUACUUGACGUUGUACCGUUCCGACACUAAAGCAUCAUUGAUUCCCGAAUUCAUCCACAGUUUUAACCUCUGAAUGUCUGAGAGAACUGAGAUGAUGAAGUAAAAAAUGAUGCACAAAAAUACAUAUGCAAAAAACACAGCAUUUAUUUCACCUCAAGCGUUUGAAAUUAAUCGGUUAGGGAUUAAUGACUUGCUGCCAAUUAGCUGCACGUCUAUAAGGUGUUUCCACUCAUGUGGAGGGAGAGAGCACGUUGACAAAAUCUCUUAAAUCUCCUUCCACACACAAGACAGAGUUCUACUGGGAGUUAAAUAUUUAUUAAGAGGCUGUAUUUUUUCCUUGUUGAAAGUGUUUAUAAUUCAUGCUAUUGUGA